AUGCUGGGGAGAAACAUCACUCUGGUCAGUGAGUUCAUCCUGGUGGGUUUCCCCACUGCCCCAUGGCUGCAGGUCCUUCUCUUCUUCCUCUUCCUUGUGGUCUACCUGCUGGUUGUAGUAGAAAAUCUUACCAUCAUGUUCACUGUCUGGGUCACUCGUUCUCUCCAUAAGCCCAUGUACUACUUCCUGAGUAGCAUGUCCUUCCUGGAGGUCUGGUAUGUCUCCAUCACAGUCCCGAAGAUGCUGGAUGGAUUCCUCCUGCAGAGACGGCACAUCUCCUUCACAGGUUGCAUGACCCAACUCUACUUCUUUGUCUCUCUUGCCUGCACAGAGUGUGUGCUCCUGGCAGCCAUGGCCUAUGACCGCUAUGUGGCCAUCUGCCACCCUUUCCGAUACUCGGUCAUCAUGACCACAGGUUACUGUGUGCAGCUGGUAGCUUUCUCCUAUACAAGUGGUUUCACGGUCUCUGUGAUCAAGGUCUAUUUCAUUUCUCACGUUGCCUUCUGUGGCUCCAAUGUCAUGAACCACUUUUUCUGUGACAUCUCACCAAUCCUCAAACUAGCCUGCAAAGACAUGUCCACAGCUGAGCUAGUGGACUUUGCCUUAGCUAUUGUCAUUCUUGUGUUCCCUCUCUUCACCACUGUUCUCUCCUACAUCUACAUUGUCUCCACUAUCCUGCGUAUACCCUCCACCCAGGGAAGGAAGAAAGCCUUUUCCACCUGUGCAUCCCACCUCACUGUAGUCAUCAUUUAUUACACAGCCAUGAUUUUUAUGUAUGUCCGACCCAGGGCUAUUGGGUCAUUCAAUUCCAACAAACUAAUCUCAGCUGUGUAUGCAGUCCUCACGCCCAUGCUCAAUCCAUUCAUCUACUGCCUAAGGAACCAGGAAGUCAAGAAUGCUCUCAGAAAGGCCAUGGGAGGUAGCCAGUGCCUCCUCCUCAGCUGA